AUGGAACUAGAAAAUGCAUCCCCAAAUCAAGCUACAAAGACAAGCUUAAGUCAAUCUGAAGAUCAAGCUUUAUUAAAAAAACGACCAUCAGAUGCUUCUACAUCUGGAGAUGAUCAAAGUAAAAAGGUUUGUUCUGGAGUAUCUGAAAAACAAAAAAAUAGAAGGGAAAGUUCUGAUUAUGUCGAUUAUUCUAAUGUUGAUACUUCUAAUUAUAGUAAUUGUAAGAAUUCUUUCACUAAGCAUUCAAUACAAAGUCACAAUACAAAGGAAUCUUCUAAAUCGCAUAAUUCUAACUCUGUAAAUUCUUCAUAUGGAGAUAGUCUAGAAAGUGGAUCAGGAUCAUCUACUAGAAAUAAUGAUAAAUGUUGCUAUGAUAAAAGUUCAAGUAAUAUUAGUAAAUCUGAAAAUUCAACUAAAAUUGCGGAAUUUUCAUCAAAUUGUAAAGAUUCACAGAAAAGCAGAAAGGACACAAUGUUUGAUGGAUACAAUGGGACUUCUUGUAAUAUUAGUAAAAUUACUACCAGUAAAUUAAAUACUAGCUCAAAAUCAACAUCAAAAUCUGAUAGUUGUCAAAAUAAAUUAACUAAUAGUGGAUCUACAGAUUGUAUUGAUGGUUCAGAAAAUAGUCCCACUAAUAGGGAUGAAACAUAUUCAAGUACUGAUAGAGAUUCUUGCAAUAUUGAUAAGAAUUCAAUUACUAGUAAGAAGUCAUCUUUAAGUGAUCAAAAAGGAGUAAAAGGAAUGGAAUCUACAACUUCAAAGUCAUACUCUAAUAGAACCCAAAAUUCAUAA